CUCCGGAGGCCGCUCGGCGGCGCCCGGGACUGGAGCUCGAGAGAGCGAGCGAGAGCACCGGGUCCGCCGCAGUCGCGGGUCGCGCCGCCGGACGAGGCUGCGAUGGAGUUGGAGCCCGAAGUGCUGCGGCAGGAGGCCCGCGAGAACGUGGAGGCAGCGCUGAGUUACCGGCGCGAGCUCGACCACCGGCUGCUGGGGCUGCGGGAGGCGCGGAGGCAGAUCAAAGAGAGUGCAUCGCAGACAAGAGAUGUCCUCAAACAGCAUUUUAAUGACUUAAAGGGGACCCUUGGAAAGCUUCUGGAUGAGAGAUUGGUGAGACUUCUGCAGGAGGUGGACACUAUUGAACAGGAGACUAUUAAACCACUUGAUGACUGCCAGAAGCUUAUAGAACAUGGAGUUAAUACUGCAGAGGACUUAGUACAUGAAGGUGAGAUUGCCCUUCUUGAUGGUGCUGGGGAACAAAAUGAAAAACUCUGGAGCUUUACCAAAAAGGCUUCACACAUUCAGUUGGACAGCUUACCAGAGGUGCCUUUACUGGUUGAUGUGCCUUGUUUAUCAGCUCAGUUGGACGACUCGAUUCUUAACAUAGUAAAAGACCACAUUUUUAAGCAUGGAACUGUAGCGUCUCGCCCACCAGUACAGAUAGAAGAACUGAUAGAGAAACCUGGAGGUAUCAUAGUACGAUGGUGUAAGGUGGAUGACGACUUUACAGCCCAAGACUACAGGCUCCAGUUCCGUAAAUGCACGUCCAAUCACUUCGAGGACGUGUAUGUAGGCUCUGAGACGGAGUUCAUAGUAUUGCAGAUAGACCCCAACGUGGACUAUCAGUUCCGGGUGUGUGCCCGGGGAGAUGGCCGGCAGGAGUGGAGUCCUUGGAGUGUCCCCCAAACGGGUCACUCCACUUUGGUGCCUCAUGAGUGGACAGUUGGUUUUGAGGGUUACAGUCUGAGCAGUAGAAGAAACAUCGCACUCCGGAAUGACUCUGAGUCAACUGGCGUCCUCUAUUCAAAUGCUCCAACUUACUUCUGUGGGCAGACAUUAACUUUCAGAGUGGAAACUGUGGGGCAGCCAGACAGAAGAGAUAGUAUAGGAGUCUGUGCAGAAAAACAGAAUGGGCAUGAAUCUCUGCAGCGGGACCAAGCUGUGUGCAUUAGUACAAAUGGUGCAGUGUUUGUAAAUGGAAAAGAAAUGACCAAUCAAUUGCCUGCAGUUACUUCUGGAUCCACUGUCACAUUUGACAUUGAAGCUGUGACUUUAGGAUCCAUCAAUAACACCGAAGGCGGAAACUUCAAACUUCGAGUAACUAUUAGCUCAAACAACAGAGAAGUGGUUUUUGAUUGGUUACUCGACCAAAUUUGUGGUUCCCUUUACUUUGGAUGCUCGUUUUUCUAUCCUGGAUGGAAGGUGCUGGUAUUCUAGAUUUUUGGACGAAUGGCUUUGAUUUACAGGGAUUCAUUGUUAUCUGCCCUCAGCCCAAUUUUAUGGUAACCGAUUUUGAAAUGGUUAGACUCGUCUCUGUUUCAACAUGGAAAUGGAAAGUGUUUAGUGGAUUUUGGUUCUGUCAAUAAGAGGCUUGAAUAUUGUGAACAGAAUCAUCAUGCACUCAGGUUUUUUCAUAGCGGUCAUUGAAAUUUAACAAGAAAACUUUAAGUUAACUUAGCAUUUAAAGUGUGAGGAGAUGCAGAAAGACCUGUACUCUUCUUUGCACUUCUUUUUAAAGUAGAUGUUCAGGAUAGAAACAUUUGACUUAGUAUUUAAAAAAAUUCUCCAUCUUUAAGGAGCCAGGGCCAUGUGAGUAAGCCAGAGUUUCAAAUAUGCUGUCUCCAGGCAUUUUUAAACAGUAUUAGAUUUUAUCACAUGUUCAGUAAUCCCGAAGUCUCAAAUAUA